AUGGCGGUGGACAUCGAGUACCGCUACGGCUGCGUGGCCUCCCCUUUGCGCAGGGACAGGUUCGCCUGCAAGAUCUCUCCCAAGGCCAGCAAGCCCCUGCGGCCUUGCAUUCAGCUGAGCAGCCGGAGCGAGGCCAGCGGCGUGGCGGCGCCGCUGAUGCAGGAGAAGAAGGCCAAAAAGCGCGUGUCCUUCGCGGAUCACCAGGGGCUGGCCCUGACCAUGGUUAAGGUGUACUCGGAGUUCGACGACCCCUUGGACAUCCCGUUCAACAUCACGGCGCUUCUGGAGAACAUCGUGACGCUGACCACCGCCGAGUGCGAGAGCUUCGUGCUGGACUUCGAGCAGCCCUCCGCCGACUACCUGCGCUUCCGCAGCCGCCUGCAGGCCGAGCACGUGUGCCUGGAGAACUGCGUGCUGAAGGACAAGGCCCUGUCGGGGACGGUGAAGGUCCAGAACCUGGCCUUCGAGAAGUCCGUGAAGAUCCGCAUGACCUUCGACACGUGGAAGAGCUUCACGGACUUCGAGUGCCAGUACGUGAAGGACACGUACGCGGGCUCGGACAGGGACACGUUCUCCUUCUGCAUCGGCCUCCCGGACAAGAUCCAGUCCUACGAGAGGAUGGAGUUCGCCGUGUGCUACGAGUGUAGCGGACACACGUACUGGGACAGCAACCAGGGCAGGAACUACCGCAUCAUCCAGGCCGAGCUCCGGGGCCCGCAGGGAGGGAGCCCGGCCCCCGGGGGCCCGGACCUGGGCAUCUCCUUCGAUCACUUCGGGAGUCCCCGCUGCUCCUACGGACUCUACCCAGAGUGGCCCAGUUACCUGGGCUACGAGAAGCUGGGCCCUUAUUACUAG